AUGCGAACUAUCGUCUUUACAAAAAUCCAAGAGGACGAGGAAGAUGACAGAGAAAGUGUGGCAUCAUCGUAUCAUAUCACUUUAAGUGAAAUAGACGUGACUGAGGAAGAAGACGCUGAAACUGCUCCACCCGAGCUUGAAGAAGGAGUCAAAGCCACCAUCGAUGAGUUAAAGGAAAUUAAUUUAGGAGAUGCGGAGAAUCCUCGACCAAUCUACAUUAGCGCUUUACUCACCGUCAACGAAGAGGAGACUUAUAUUAAAUUGUUGCACGAGUUCAAGGAUGUGUUUGCAUGGUCUUAUAAAGAAAUGCCCGGAUUGGACCCAAAAGUGGCAAUACAUCAUCUCUCCGUGAAGAAAGGAGCUCGCCCUGUGAAGCAAGGCCAACGUAGAUUUAGGCCUGAAUUAGUCCCUGCAAUUGAGGCUGAAGUGAACAAACUUAUUGAGGUUGGUUUCAUUCGAGAAGUCAAGUACCCAACAUGGAUUUCAAGUAUCGUCCCUGUUAGAAAGAAGAAUGGACAAAUUCGUGUGUGUGUUGACUUUAGAGAUUUGAACGAAGCAUGCCCUAAGGACGACUUUCCAAUGCCAAUAGCCGAACUAAUGAUCGAUGCUACUACAGGCCACGAAGCAUUAUCAUUUAUGGAUGGGUCGUCCGGAUACAAUCAAAUACGAAUGGCGCCGAAAGACGAAGAAUUAACAGCCUUUCGCACACCUAAGGGCAUCUAUUGCUAUAAAGUGAUGCCGUUUGGCUUGAAAAAUGCCGGUGCUACAUACCAAAGAGCCAUGCAGAAGAUAUUUGAUGACAUGCUCCAUAAAGAUGUUGAAUGUUAUGUGGAUGACUUGGUGGUUAAAUCCAAAAGAAGGGAAGAUCAUCUCCAAAAUUUGAGAAAAGUCUUCGAGCGCUUGAGAAGGUACCAAUUGAAGAUGAAUCCGUUGAAAUGUGCAUUUGGUGUUACUUCGAGGAAGUUUCUUGGAUUCGUAGUUCGUCACCAAGGCAUAGAAAUCGAACAAGCCAAGAUUGAUGCAAUUUUAAUGAUUCGCGAGCCUAGGAACAUUCAUGAGCUCAAAAGUUUGCAAGGAAAGUUGGCAUAUCUAAGAAGGUUCAUUUCAAACUUAGCAGGUCGAUGUCAACCAUUCAGCCGACUUAUGAAGAAAGAUGUUCCCUUUGAAUGGGAUGAAGCUUGCACUAGUGCCUUCGAAAGCAUAAAAUCGUAUCUAACGAAGCCUCCUGUGUUGAUUGCACCAGUGCCCGGACGGUCGUUAAUACUCUAUAUUGCUGCUCAAGAACGAUCUGUCGGAGCUUUACUAGCACAGGAGAAUGAUGAUGGAAAAGAGAGCGCCUUAUACUACUUGAGUAGAACAAUGACACCAAAUGAGUUGAACUAUUCGCCAAUCGAAAAGACAUGCUUAGCGCUCAUUUUUGCAAUUCAAAAGUUGAAGCAUUAUUUUCAAGCUCAUCAGUUUGACAUAACAUAUAUUCCACAAAAGGCUGUGAAAGGACAAGUUCUAGCCGAUUUCUUGGCGGAUCACCCUAUCCCUGCAGAGUGGGAGUUAUCCGAUGAUCUACCCAAUGAAGAUGUUCUUGUGAUUGAAGCUAGUCCUCCUUGGAAGAUGUAUUUUGAUGGAGCUUCUCACAGAGAAGGAGCGGGCGCCGGAGUAGUAUUCGUCACAUCCAACGGCGAAGUGUUGCCUCACUCUUUUACCUUAACACAAAAUUGCUCCAACAAUGUUGCUGAAUAUCAAGCUCUUAUCCUUGGGCUAGAAAUGGCAGUUGAUAUAAAGCAACUAAAUUUGGAAGUAUAUGGAGACUCCAAGUUGGUGAUCAAUCAGAUACUCGGAUCAUACGAAGUGAAGAAGCUCGAUUUACUCCCUUAUGUGGAUUACGCUAAAAGACUUAUCGGAUACCUUGGUGAUGUGACGAUAGAACAUGUGCCUAGAAAGGAUAACAAACAAGCGGAUGCAUUGGCAAAACUUGCUUCUACUUUAGCCAUGCCCGAAGACGGAGCUCAUAUAUCAAUUUUCAAGAGGUGGGUCGUACCACCAAUCUUUGAACAUGGAGAAAUUGAAGAAGACGAAACUCGAGUGGUUUACGUGUUUGAAAUCGAGAAAGAAGACUGGCGUCAAUCAUUUGUGGAUUACUUGAAGUAUGAAAAGUUGCCUAAUGAUCCACGUCAAAGGGUUGAUAUUCGACGUCGUGCGGCUCGUUUCAUCUACUAUAAAGAUACACUUUACAGACGUUCAUUUGAUGGAGUUUUCUUGAGAUGUUUAGGUGAUGACGAAGCCGUUCAAGCCAUAGAAGAAGCUCAUUCCGGAAUUUGCGGCGCCCAUCAGUCAGGACCCAAAUUACAUUCCGAAUAA